AUGCCAGCGGGAGGGCCAGAGCGAGAGGGAGAUGAAGAAUCGUCUGGGGAUUUUGAGGUCCUUUCUGACUGGGUCGCACGGCAGCAGCAGGAGCUUCCUGAUACUCUUGAACAUCAAUCAGUGUCAGAAGGUUCCCUGGAAGUUACUACAGAGUGCUACAGUGGCCUGGAGGAAGACAACCUGCGCUUGCAGAAGGAAUUGGACAGAGUUAAAGCUGAGGACCUGGGCAAGCUGCACCGUGCCGCCGCCAGCGGCGACCUGGCCCAGUUGCGGCAGGGACUGAAGAAAUACGGCGUCGACAGGCGGGACAAGGCGGAGCGGACACCUCUGCAUCUUGCUUGUGCAAAUGGCCAUGUGGAUGUCGUUACAUAUCUAGUAGAAAACAAGUGUAAGCUGAAUCUUUUUGACAGUGAUAACAGAUCACCACUGAUGAAGGCAGCACAGUGCCAGCAAGAAAAAUGUGUGGCUAUUCUGCUAGAGCAUGGUGCUGACCCAAAUCUGGCAGACACUGAUGGCAACACUGCCCUUCACCUGGCUGUCCUGUCUGCUAAUACAGCUGUAGUGGGGCUGCUACUUGAGCAUAAUGCCAGUAUUGAUGCCCAGAAUAAGGAGGGAUAUACCCCGCUUCUUCUUGCUGUCUCUGAACAUCAUGAAGAGAUAGUAGAGUUUCUUCUUAAAAAAGGAGCUGACGUGCAUGCUCGAGAUCAGUGUGAAAGAACCCCACUUAUGACUGCUGCUUCUGGUGGGGAGCUUAAUUUGAUAAAAGUUCUUCUUCGCUAUGGUGCUGAUGUUUCCCAUAAAGACACUAAUGGUUGGACAGCUGAGGAUUAUGCUGUUAUUCAUGGAUAUUCCAGUCUUAGUAAGCAACUGGCAGAAUACGCAGACUGGGAAAACACAGGAGAAGCUUCUGCAGGUGGUGCACAAGGCAUCACAGUACUUAGCACUCCUCACCGGGCAGGAGCUGCUGGCUUUACACUGGGUGCACCUGCUGUGGACAGAGGAGGAAUGCAACAAUCUCCUAACCAGACAUCAAGAACAGGAAAAUCAAGGAAAGCAAUAGAUGACUUUUCCCAAGGAGACUCAAUAAGAAGCUCUGAGAAGGAUGGGAGUGAUGACAGUUGGCAUACUUCUGAGGAAGAAGAACUUGAUUUUACCCCCAAGAAGCUGCAGAAGCCAAACUUGACACUGUUAAUGAAUGCUUCACAGCAGUUCAGGAAAAAGAAUAAUGGUGCUGGUUCUAGAACUGAAAGUCCUAAGUCCCCGAAGAAAAGCCUCAAACAAAGAACCCCAUCAGAUGCAAAUCUGAACAAAGGAGAAUGUGAAGAAUUGUUGAAUCAAGAUGUCUCGGAUGCAAGCAACCUGGAGGAAGAAGAAUCAGAGGAGGAGGAGGAGGAUGAAAAUGACAGUGGAGAUGAGGAGGGAGAGGAAGAGGGAGAGGAAGAGGAGAAUGAAGAUCUUACUCAAGAUGAAAAGGAGGAGGAAGAUCUGGAAGAUGAAGAAACUCAGUCUAAUGACAUACUGGAGGAGGAGCAGGGGAAGAAAACAGAACCUAAAGGGGAAAUUAAUCAGAUACUGGAGUAUUUUAGUAAUGCUAAGUAUGAAGGGGAAUCUCAGUGUGGAACUGGAGAUGUCUGUGAUGAUAAAAUAAGUAAAGAACCUGAUGAAAAGGUGGCAGAAUCUGUUGAUACUCCUGUGUCUUUUAUAGCUGGGUGUUAUGAAAGGAUGCAGGAAAAUAUAACUGCCGUGUCUCCAAAGAUAAUGAAUAAUGAAGUAUCUUGCAAGUCAGUACCAAAACAAGCUGUUUUUCAAAAUCUAAAUAAUUUGCAAGGUGAAAGUUGGAACAGGAAAAGCAUGAUUCAGGAGAAGUUUCACAAAAAUGCUGACUCCUGUUUUGCAGACUCUGAAAUGACAGGCUGGAAAAAAGAGACACCUCAGCCUUUUGCAGAUAGUUGUGGUCUUAAGGAGAAAAAGUCAAGCCUCGGUGAUGGCUUUGGAAGUGGUAACAAUUCUUGGUCAGCUACAAAAAACUCGAGGCUUGAAAGUCAAAGACCAAACUCUGUUGUUCUUGAACAUGUGAGUGAUGAAGAUACUGAAGAAGAGCAAUAUGAAGAAGUAGAUGAUAAAGUCUGUGAAACACUGAAACAAGAAUGUGAAAACUUGCGCUUAAAUAGACAUGAAGAAAAUUUAAGGACAGCAUCUCACUCAAGCACCAAAGAAGAAUCACCUGAACGGGAAGAGGAGGAGCAGGAGAAGGGAGACACUGGUGAAGACCUACAAACUGUGGUUGUUGAGGGUGUGAAAAACUCUGUUUGUAAUGACUGCUAUCAAGUCCACAAUGCUUCAAAAAACAGUGCUGGUGUCCUACCAGCAUUGGGAGCAGAGGAAGGGGACGAUGCUGAAUCUCCCUGGGAUUCUGAGAUUAUACAGACGGAUUCUGAAAGUCUAAGAAAAGCAUCGUCCGGUGUGUUGCUUCCAGCUGCAGACAGAUGUGGAGCACGCUCACAGAUUGUUUCAGGGGAACACGACAAUGGCUUUUCAGAAAAACCCAACAGUUCCCAGCUGAAGACUCCUGAAUCUGUUUUGGAAAUGAAUGAAACCUCUCCUAAAAAAAGGCAGCAGAAAUCAGAUCUAUUGGAGGAAUUUGGUGUAGGAGAUACAGAGGAUAUUGAAGGUGAAUAUUCAGGAUCUACCUUUCAUAUGUCGUCAUCAGCUGAAAAAGAAGACAUCAAGGAUGGCAUUGAAAACUGUGGGGUGCAGGAUAAAUAUAUUUUAGAAACUACCAACUUGAUAGAAAAAACAGCACAUGAAAAUCAGAGUGACAAAGCAGAAAUUUCACAUCAGGAAGCCCUAGCAGUAAACAAGGAAUCACACAGUGCUGACAAGCAGUUAAGCCCAAAACCUUGGGAAGAAAGAUAUGAAAGAAUGUGGGUUGAAAAUGAGAAAAGGGAAUUGAAAACAAACUUUAAAAACAUUACAGCAGAGCUGAAGCAGCUGUUUGGUGAAAUUCAUGAAACUGGGGAAACUACUUUCUUUGUGGAAGAAAUGUCAAAAGAUGGCUUCAGUGAAGAAUUGAAGAGUUCUCGUGUUGUAUCAUCGUGUGCGACUGAAUCAAGUAAUAAGUUGGAAACUAGAGGUGAUUUUGAAGAUACUAAACUUAUGCUAGGUGGAAAAGAACCCAAAAUGAAAAUUGUAGUUCAAAGUCUUGGUGUCUUUCCUGAUCAAAAUAACUUAAAUGCAAACAUGGAAGAUACCUGGUGUACACAUGAAGAAGAUAGCACAGAUGAUACAGAUAAUACCAAGAUGCCAUUAGCAAAAGGAGAGGAAAAGAAAAUGCCUACUAUGGAAAUGGAAGAGAAUGAAAAUGGAAUUAUUAGAAAUGGAGAGGGAAGUCCUGAAUAUUCCCCAAGACAUAGCUUAAAAACAAGUAUUUUGAAUGAUGUUUCUAAUACUCUUCCUAAAGUAAGACCUGUUUAUACAAGUGAUGAAAAUGCACGUUUUGUAACAGAAAGAAAACUUGGAAAAGACUCUGGAUUUAAUGGUGGUGUUCCCAGGGACUGCCUUAUAGACAAUAAUAAAAUAGGAGAAACAGAAAUUGACAGUCUUUUUGCAAAUGCUCAGCAAUCGUGUGGCAUGCUGAAAAGGAAUCUCGAUGAAGAACUAAGACAAGAUAUGGAAAGAUUUAAAAGUAAGGUAGGAAUGCUGCAAAUAACAUUCCUGGCUUUGGAGAAAGAGAAGGUACAGCUGCAAAAAGAGGUUGAGAAUGAAAGAGGCAAGCAAAGGUGUUCCAAAAUGCAGGUGGUGGCAAAACAGGAAGAUCUUGAUAAAUUACACACACCGGCAGGCAACGUUACUGAUCAGCAAAUGAAACAAAGGUUUACCCUAAAGAAUGACUGUUUGAAAGUAGAGAAUGAAAACACUAUAGAAGAAAAAGACAAGAAUAAUUUUUUAUCUGAGGAGAGAUCAACAUUGAUUAAGUUGCCGAUGAAAGGUAAAUUUGCACUGAAUGGCAAAAUUCCAAAGAAAAAUAAAAGACAGACUUCAAAGCAAAAUGCUAAUCAGCAGAUGAGCUCUUCUAGUGGCAAUAAUUUUCAAGUACUGGAUGAUGGCACUUUAAGUGAAACAUCUCAAGAUGAAGGAAGACCUGCAACAAAAACAGGCAGUGAAAAGAAAAAGGUCAGCAUACAGAUGGAUGUAACUGAUGACCUUGACUUAACUCAGUCAUCUGACACAACUUCAGAGGAUGUUGAAUUGCCAACUUCAACCUACAAAGAGGCUAUGUUGCUAUUAGAACAGCUUAGUGUGGAUCAUACAGGCUCUGCUAUUUUGUUGAAAAUUCAAAACAUACUUCUUGAAUAUGAACAGAUAAUAGAACAUGAGAAAAAUCGGUAUACAGCUCUCUGGAAAGAAGUAAGAAAAUUGGAAAGUGAAAAGGAAGAGUCACAGUUAAUAGCGGAAGAGACUCAGGAUUUGAAAUCCGUAUUGGCUCACCAAGAAGUGGAAUGGAAAAGUGAUAUUCAAAGCCUUAAAUUUACUUUGAAACAAGAAGAGGAAAAGAGGCUCAGAGUAGAAAUGCUAUAUGAGAAAACAAAAGAAAAACUGAGAAGGAAAGAAGAUCAAUAUUGUAAAGAGAUGGAGGAGAAGCAGAAACUUGAGUUACACUCAAGGAAUUCAGAAAUGGAGUUAAUAACACUGAGGAAGCUCUUGAAACAGGUUGAAGAAGAGCGUGAUGAAACACAAAGACAGCUCUCUCAGGAAAAGAGUGCUAGAGCCCUGCAAGAAGGAAUUUUGAACAACCACCUUUGGAGACAGAAGGAACUAGAAGAAGAAACAAGAAGAACUAUAGAAAAAAAUUCAGAGGAAUCCAACACAGAGAGAGAGAAGGAUCUAUUGUACAAAAAUCAGCUACUACAAGAUGAGAUUGCUAUGCUAAGACUAGAACUUGAUCAAGUAAGACUUAGGCACCAAGAGGAAGAAGGAAAGUAUUUAGAGGAAAAUGAGACCUUGAAAGAAAAAAAUGAAGAUCUCAAAAAGGAACUUAAACUGAAUGAGGAAGCCUUAACAGAAACAGUUUUUCAGUACAAUGGACAGCUGAACUUAUUAAAGACAGAAUCUGCAGUGUUAACUUCCAAACUUGAGCAGACAAAAGAAAGCAAAGACAAACUAGAAACAGAAAUUGAAUCAUUUCGUUGCCGCCUGAACACUACUGUUCAAGAACUUGAACGUCAUCAGUCAUCAAAAAGUGAUGCUGAACGAUCAUUUCAGAAGGAACGCGAUGAAUGGCUUCGCUUGCAAGACAAGCUCCAUCAUGAUCUCUCUGAUGUACGAGAAACCAACAAGAGCUUGUCUCAGCAGCUGAGUAAAGCUGAAAGCAAAGCUAAUAGUCUAGAAAAUGAGCUUCACCAGUUGAAACAAACGCUUAGAGAAAAAACAUUGCUUUUAGAAAUGACACAAAAAGAAUUAAGUCAAGCCCAGUGUCAGGCAAAGGAAUACGAUCAUGCUCGACAACUUGAGAAAGAUCAAGUAAGCAAAUUUAUAAUAAAGCAGGAAUCCAUGCAAGAGCGACUGGCCCAGCUUCAGAGUGAAAACCUUUUGCUCCGUCAGCAAAUGGAAGAUAUGCAGAACAAGGGGAUCAUCAAAGAAAAAGUAGUGAAUGAUGUGCAGGACCGGUUUAAUGAUAUUUUCAACAAACUUAGAGCUGAUACCGAAAAGCAAGUUUACCUAGUGGAAGAGAGAAACAAAGAAUUAAAUGCCAAGUGUACUGAUUUAAGAGAACAAGUCUUUAAAUAUGAGACUGAUAAAGUAGAAAGAGAGGGCAUGGUCAGACAGCUGCAGCAGGAGCUUGCUGAUGCUCUUAAAAAACAAUCUAUGUCGGAAGCUUCACUUGAAGUUACUACGCGCUACCGCAGUGACCUGGAGGAAGACAAAUUGCGCUUGCAAAAAGAAUUGGAAAAGGUUAAAACCAAGUUGCGGGAGUUGGAAGAACAGCAUCUGCAGUCUGAGCAUUGUGUUCGUGACUUGAAGACGGCCUUAGAUAAUAAGGAAAGGGAAGUCAUCGCUUCUUCCCAGAAACUGCAGGACCUCCUGUUAGUGUCUUCUGGGACUAAUGCUACUAUAAAACAACUGGAAGAGCACGUACAACGCCUAGAAUUUGAAAAUGCCAGGUUGGAAGCCACAGUCCAGCAAGAGAGCACUAGGAUUGAAGCCCUUCAGAGAGACCUGCAAGCCUCUGCCUCAGUUCAUAAGCGCCUGGAAGACUUGAUAACUGGCUUACAGACAACACAAGCAGCUGCAGAGGACCACCAGCAGCAGAUGCAAAAGCAAGCUGUGACAUCCAAGGACUUGCACAGCAUAUGGGAAGAGCAGUUGAAGUCAAGAUCCCACCUUGAGGAGCGUGUUGCUCAGCUUGCCAGGGAAAAGGCUGAGCUCUUGGAACAGUGUGAGAGUGAAAGAAAGAAAGUGAAGAAGCUGGCAGAGUUGAAACGCCCAGUCGAACUGCGUCUAGAUCAAGAAAUGAAAAGAAACAUUGAACUGCAGAAAGACUGUAAGAGGUAUGGCUGUUUAUUUGUCUAUGUAACUGUUGGAACAAAAUUGGUAAAUGAUGCUGAUACAAGAGGAAAAAGUGCUUCUUUGAUACGGCAGGAACUGGAUGAAAAAAUCACAAAAGAACUUCAAGAAGCCACUGCUGAACUUGAAACUCGAUCUGCCAGAGCUUCUCCCGUGGUAUCCACUGACGGAUCUUCAAAACAUUUCCACAUUGACCAGGAUCCCCUUAGCAGGGCAAUACAGGAGUACCAUGAUGUUUUAACCAAAAAUUACCUGAUUUGAACAAAAUGCUAGGGAAAGGCUCUGGAAAUUACUUUGUUCGUGUUGUACGUCAGUGAUUUCCCAUCCAUGGUUCAGGUGUGAAAACAUGUUCAUUGCAGUCUGAAUAUAAAUUCUAUUAAGUGGAUGUCAAGCACAUUGCACUUGCCUAUUGGUUUAUUGUUGCGUAGUUCUUUGAUGCUCACAGUAAGAACCAUAUCUAUUCUUUCUGACUAGCAGAUUGACUAAACUUGAUUCUUGAGCUUGACAGAACUGCCCCAAUGCCACUUACUACAGUAGAUGCAUUAAUUUGCUCCACUCACAUUCUGUGUUUUAACAAAAGCAUUCCCUUUUUUUUAUCUUUUCACUCUGUAUUUUUAAUGUUUCCAGUGUUCUUUUCAUGAUUAGCAAAUUAUUUAAUGCGCUUUGAGCCUGCUGCUUCAGUCCUGAUGCAGUGAAUAUUUCUGCUGAUAAAGUAGAAGUUUUACCAGUGUUUAUGCUGGAGAAUAGGGCACUUUACAUUGCUGUCACUUUAUGCAUCUUAGGUUGAAAAUCACUGUGAGUGUGUAGUAGUGCCAAGAAAGUUGUUAUGUGGUCUUUUUGGUAUGUUUGUUUUGUGUCACAAAACUACAGGAUGGUGAGGUUGGAAGGGACUUGUGGAGGUCAGCUGAUCCAGCCCCCCUGCCCAACGAGGACCACCCAGAUCUGGUUGCCCAGGUCCCUGCUGGCUUUUGAGUAUCUCCAAGGACAGAGACUCCAUGGCCUCCAAUGGGCAGCCUGUGCCAGUGCUCGGUCACCCUCACAAUAAAAAUGUGUUUCUUAAUGUUCAGAGGGAACCUUCUGUGUUUCAGUUUGUGCCUGUUGCCCCUCAUGGAUUUCAUGUUAAGUUUUCUAUUCCAAAUUGCUGCAGCUUUAGACAUUUGCAGUUCCUACAUCAAUACCUGUGGUACACCUGAAACACUUCACAGAGGGGGGAAAAAAGGAAUAUUAAUGUGUCAACUUUCAGUCUCCUCAGUACUUUCCAAAACUUCACUGACAGGAGAGCUAAUCCUUUUGUUGCUGCUGGCAGGUGAUGCAGCUGAUAUGGUGGCUGUAGCCCAGAUGUUAGCAAGUGUUGUGUGACACGGUCAGUAAAGCAAGCAGUUUUAUAUAUUGCAGGGAGUUAGUUACCUGUUGUUACUGAAGAUCUGCCUUUGUUGUUUCCUAGCUGCAAAAGUCACUAGCAAUCAGAAGAUUAUAGAACAAAGCCCCAAUUCUGGAAAAGUAAGGAUGGUUGUAGUGAGAUGAAUUAAGACUGGAAAAAUUGGGGGGUUCGAGGGUUCUGUCCACUAAUUCAAGGACUUGAGUUAACAGGUAGUGAGAAAAGCAAUGAAUGCUGCUGUGACAGUUCUUUUUUUAUAUGAAUACAUUUAUGUGAAGCUAAUAUACUGUGUUCCAGAUAUUCAAUUUCAACUUGAUAUUUAAUAAACGUUGUAAUUUAGUA